AUGGCUCCCGCCAACGGCUCGUCCAAGCCGCGCAAGGCUGCUCCUGCGGCCGCUGGUGAUGCUCCUGUCGCGCCAGCUGCCGCCGCGACCACCAGCAAGCCCGCCCAGAAGAAGCCCGUGGUGCCCGCCCUGCCUCUGCCCUACGUCAAGCGCCAGGCAGCGGCUGCUUCUGCUUCUGCUUCUGCUUCUGCUUCUACUAAUGCGAGCAAGCCGGAAUCAAAUGGUGACGAAACGAAACCGCAAGGAAAGCAGCACAAGCCCAAGACAUCCAAGUCUCGCAAGGAUGAGAACUGCAAAGCCGCUGCUGCGGAGCCAGCCUCGGAGACCCCAAACAACGUCACCAAUGGCUCGGAGAGCGCCGCCCCGUCGCAAGCCCAGACCAACCCAGUCCUAGCCCCGAAUCAGCAGUCGCACUCGCCCAGCACCGCAUCGCCCAGCCGAGGCUCGACGGAAGCUGCAGCGACCGCCAUAGAAAUCAAGCAGGAAGAAAGCGGCGCAAGUGGCCACUCAAGCGCGCCUGUAGGCAUUACUGAGCAGAGAAGCAGCAAGUCUGGUGAGUGGCAUCGCCAUGCCAUCUCCGCCAACCGCUGCUCAGAUUCUAACUCCGACGUGAUAGCAGCCAACGCCACAAACAACAAAGGCCUUAAGCCUCGACCUCCUCCGGCCCUCUCGCCUACCAGAUAUCAUAUGCCUCCGCCUUUCCAGCCCGGCAAUAGGAUGCCCGGCAUGCAUGCCAACGACGACGGACAUAGGGGUCCACGACCGCCUGCCCUCAACGGCCACGCUCAUGUGCACCACCAGGCCCAUCCCAGUAGUAGCAGCUUGCAUUUCGGUGGCUUCCAGGAGUCUCAGAGCUCUAGCCCAGCACCUCCGCACUCGGGCGGUAUCGCCCCCCCUCCGGGCAUGCCCUUCCCAGGUGGUCGCCAGCCAUUCGUGGGCCCGGGUGCUAACGGCUUCCCGCCCAUGAUGCCCUACGGCCCAGACAUGAUGCCGGUGUCGACUUUCGAUAACUACGGAAGACCCCCGAUGGCUUAUGCCCCUCCCGAGUCCUACCACCCCUAUCGCAACAAUUACCACCCAUCAGCCCCCCAUAGCUUCCACGACUCUCAUUCUUCCAUGGAGGAAUUCAACCAGCAGCAGUACGGUGGUAGAGGACCUAUGCGCAAUGGUGGCCCUCCCGCAGAAGAACAACAGAUGCAAGGAAACCCUGGCCGAAUGUUUGUCCCGCCCGACUUUCAUCGUAUGCUGCCCAAUCCUGCUAUUCCCCCUCAGAUGAUGCCCCCCAGCGAUGAUGCCGACCACCUGGCAGCAUACGCUCAGCAGCAGUUCGGCAAUCUAGCGCUAUCUGACUGCUGCCUUGAGCUCCGCUACCUCGAUGAUCGAGCACCACCUGUUCGCAUUGCUGGCCAUAGGUUCAUGCUCAACCGAUCUGCUGCCUUGGCUGCUCUUAUGCGCCAACAGAUACUUUCGCCAAGCCCACCAGACCGCUCUCAGCAAACCGUGCUGAUCGAGACUAACAGCAAGUGGAUUCGUUCUGACUCGUUCUACAUGGCAGCUCAGCGCCUUUAUGGUAUGCCGCUCUUGCAGUAUCCCGGCCCUCGCAAUCACCAGCUCGACCCUGGUGAGUUGACUGAUGCCGGUUCAAAUGUCGAGCAGCUCGAUUUCGCACUCUCCUAUGCAGCAGCCGGUCAUUUGAUUGGCUGGGCGCCUGUCACUAAGCGUGGCUGCGAGGUAGCUACCCAGCUUAUCGACUGGCAGACGGUCGAAAGAGUUUUGGAGUUCGCACUCGAUGGCCACUGCGAUGUGGGCACUCACGAUACGUUCAGAUAUGGAGAAGGUUCUAAGAUUAUUCUCGACGCUGUGGUCACUUUCAUUGUCCACAACUUCCCCUCCACUUUUGAGCUGGACACUGAAGUCAUCACUCCCGUUCAGUAUGCGAGACUGCCCAUUCAUCCCCCUCCACCAAGCCGGCCCACAGAGGCGAGCGCGGCCUCGCUCGCCGACGAGAAGCCAGUGGUACAGCUCGGCAAGGGACGACGCUCGCAAAAGCUUACUAAUAUUCAGUUCGGUGACUUGACCCUUACUGAGAGCAACCCUGCCUCUGCGACUGAAACACCAAAAGCAACACGCCCAGCACAACCCGUCUCUCACGCAGUCCUGUCUCGAAUCCUACUCAAUAUUCCAUUUACGCAACUCAAGAUGAUCCUGGAAUCGUCCGGCUCGGGCAAUGUUAAUGGCUGGGCCAAUGCCGAAUCGCGAUACCGAAUUGUCAAGUCUGCAGUGGACGAGCGCGAGGCGCGUCGUGUCAAAGCAGUGGAAGCUGUUUCUGACGGCCGUGUUCCAGGGGCCAGAGAGCUGCGCGCCAGCCUGAGAGCUCCUGAGCCUCGCGACAUGCCGCAAUGGGGCGCACUCGGCUGGCACGAAGAGAUGCUGCCUUACGGAAACCCAGACGGCCCUUCUCUGGGACGCAAGUGGGCUCCUCUGUCAGCACCGCAAGGCGGACCUGUUGCUGACUAUCCUUGA